CAGUAUAAAAGCGGAGGUAUCGGGGGGGUUUGGAGCACAGAGCGGUUUGGUCCUCAGUUGUGGGUCUUGUAUCUUUUGCUCGGCCACUGCGGCUCUUCACUGGACAGCGGAAGCGGCGAGGCGGUCAAAGAAGCGGCCUUCGACUUCGGCAUUGGGUGAAAGAAAAUGGCUCGAACCAAGCAGACUGCUCGUAAAUCCACGGGUGGGAAAGCACCCCGUAAACAGCUGGCCACUAAAGCUGCCAGGAAAAGCGCCCCCUCUACCGGCGGGGUGAAAAAGCCUCAUCGCUACAGGCCGGGGACCGUUGCACUUAGAGAGAUCCGUCGUUACCAGAAAUCAACCGAGCUUCUGAUCCGGAAGCUGCCUUUCCAGAGGUUGGUGAGGGAGAUCGCCCAGGAUUUCAAAACUGACUUGAGGUUCCAAAGUGCCGCCAUUGGUGCGCUUCAGGAGGCUAGUGAAGCGUACCUCGUGGGUUUAUUUGAAGAUACUAAUCUGUGUGCCAUCCACGCUAAGAGAGUCACCAUCAUGCCCAAAGACAUCCAGUUGGCUCGCCGGAUACGGGGGGAGAGAGCUUAAGUGAAGGCAGUUUUUAUGGUGUUUUGUAGUAAAUUCUGUAAAAUACUUUGGUUUAAUUUGUGACUUUUUUUUGUAAGAAAUUGUUUAUAAUAUGUUGCAUUUGUACUUAAGUCAUUCCAUCUUUCACUCAGGAUGAAUGCGAAAAGUGACUGUUCACAGACCUCAGUGAUGUGAGCACUGUUGCUCAGGAGUGACAAGUUGCUAAUAUGCAGAAGGGAUGGGUGAUAUUUCUUGCUUCUCAUGAUGCAUGUUUCUGUAUGUUAAUGACUUGUUGGGUAGCUAUUAAGGUACUAGAAUUGAUAAAUGUGUACAGGGUCCUUUUGCAAUAAAACUGGUUAUGACUUGAUCCAAGUGUUUAACAAUUGGGGCUGUUAAGUCUGACCAUACAUCACUGUGAUAGAAUGUGGGCUUUUUCAAGGGUGAAAAUACAAGUCUUAACCACAGUGUAACUUACAGUUUCCUAAAAAAAAAAAAGUAAAAAAAAAAAAAAGUAAACCUGGCAGCUAUAGAAUACACUAUGUGCAUUUAUAAUAGCUAUUUUAUAUAUUGUAGUGUCAACAUUUUUAAAUUAAAUGUUUUACAUUCACAUGUGGUGGGGAGUCUUGUCAUUAAGGCGUGUGUAAUUUAGUCCAGUUGGUUUUCUAACUAGACGGCACUUGUUUCCAUAAUAGUAAAAUGCUUUGCGAAUUACACCUUGCGUAAGUCCUCAUUCUACCACAUGUUAACUAACCCUCUAGCUAAUGCAAACACUAACGGGGGAUUUUAUUUAUAAGGGCUCUAGAUUAUAAUACAAGUUAUUCACACCAGCAUCAUCUGUUACUAAUCUUAACUAGUUAGUGCAGCUUUUCUUUGUGUUGUGGUUGAUCUCAUAACUAGGUUGAGUUUUUCUCUACUAAGAGGAAACUACUGAAUUUGUUUUCCUUGUGGAGUUUGUAUUAUAACCCUUUGAGUAAAUUUGCUGUGGGGGAGGGGCAUACAGCUCCAGCCUAUUGAACUUAUGCCAGUUUGAUGGUGUUUGGUUAGGUUACACCUGGUAUACUAUCCUGGGAAAAUCACUUAAACAGAUGGCCUUCCAGGUUGUUUUAAAAUUGAUCCUUCACUAUUGAAGUUUUUAGGUCAGUUAUGUAUGUUGACUAAAUUUAACAAAUAAACUUGUUUAUCCAA